GAGAGUUUUGAGAACUUCAUCAAAAUAAAACCCCAUUUUCCAGCAGUUCCAUUGAAUAGCGAGAAACGUUUCAGUCAUUUUUAGGGAGCCCAUUUCCAUUUCCAUUGAAUAGCGAGAAAUUUCUAGUAAUUUUUAGGGAACCCAAUUCCAUUUCCAUUGAUUAGCGAGAAAUUUUCAGUCAUUUAGGGAACCCAGUUUCCAUGUCUAUUGAAUAGCGAGAAAUUUUCAGUCAUUUUUAGAGAACCCAAUUCCAUUUCCAUUGAUCGCUAAACCCCACUUCAUAGCUCUCAAAACCACACAGAGAAACAGAGAAGCAAACAUGGGUUGGAUUGGGGAGACCGUCGAGUCUUUCAAAUCCAUUAAAACCAGACAGGCUCUAUCUCAGAUCGUCACUUUUGGUUUGAUCGUUACAUCUGCAUUGAUGAUUUGGAAAGGAUUGAUGUGCUGGGCUAGCAGUGAGUCACCUGUGGUGGUUGUGCUCUCUGAAAGUAUGGAACCUGGUUUUGCAAGGGGUGACGUUCUUUUCCUCCACAUGAAUAAUGAUCCAAUUCGUGCAGGGGAGAUUGUCGUGUAUAACAUCAAGGGACGCGAUAUUCCAAUUGUCCAUCGUGUAAUCGAGGUUCAUGAGAGGAGAGAUACAGGAGAAGUUUACAUACUUACAAAAGGUGACAAUAAUCAUUUUGAUGACAUUCAGCUGUAUGCUGAGGAUCAGCUUUGGUUGGAAAGACAACACAUCAUGGGGAAAGCUGUUGGUUUCUUACCAUAUAUCGGUUGGGCAACAAUUAUCAUGACAGAAAAGCCUAUAAUCAAGUACAUACUGAUUGGUGCAUUAGGAUUGCUGAUCUUAACUUCCAAGGAUUAAGGAAUAAGAAUCUCUGAACUUUUAAUUUAUAACCAUUAUAAAGCAUAGGAAGAGUUACGAGAGGAUGCACAUAGUAUUCAACAUUCAAUCACUUGGUCACAGAGUAUUUAAUUUAUACCCAUCAUAAAUCUCUGAACUUUUAAUUUAAAGUUUUUAUUUUUUUUUCUGCCCAUUUUUUUUUAUUGUAAGAAAUUAUUUAUUUGAUGCUGUGGAAAUGGAAUACAGAGAGUAUUCAACAUUCAAUCA